GACCAUAAUACAAUAAAAUUUACUCUCUGUCGAUCAACCAAACUCCUCUGUAUUUGCGUUCACGUCCCAAGCACUACCCCCUCUCUCUCUCUCUCUCUGCGGGAAUGCGCGUGGGAAUGCAGGUUUGAUCUCGGGAAGAGCGACUGACUGUACGCGCGCCUGCGUGUGCCGGCGAAGCUCAGCUCAGCUCCGGACGUCGCGAUGCUCGGGCGGCGUCGGCUCCUGCUGCCGUGGCUCCUCGCUCUCGUUCUCGCUGCCCCGGCCUCGCUCGCUCGUCCCGCGCCGUUUGCAUUGCGCAUUAGCUGUGGAGCUCGUGAGGAUGUACACACGCCGCCGACGAAUACUCUGUGGUUUAAGGAUUUUGCAUAUACAGGAGGUAUACCGAAUAAUGCGACGAGGCCCAGCUUUAUAACUCCUGCGCUUAACACCCUCCGUUACUUCCCUUUAUCUGAAGGGCCUGAUAAUUGCUACAGCAUUGAUGGCGUUCCGAUCGGCCACUAUUCCGUGAGGACCUUCUUUGGAUUAGUUAAACAGCCUAAUUUUGACAAUGAACCCCUGUUUGACGUUUCUGUCGAAGGCACUCAGAUUAGUUCUCUAUCGUCCGGGUGGACCAACCAUGAUGACCAAGUAUUUGCUGAAGCCAGGGUAUUCAUCGCUGAUAACACUGCUUCUCUUUGCCUCCAUAGCACUGGCCAUGGCGAUCCCGCAAUUGUUUCCAUUGAAAUUCUUCAAGUUGAUGAUAGGGCAUAUUAUUUUGGACCUGACUGGGGUCGAGGGACGAUUCUUAGAACAGUCAAAAGACUAAGCUGUGGCAAUGGGAAGGCAAAAUUUGAUUCAGAUUAUAGUGGGGAUCAGUGGGGUGGGGACAGGUUUUGGGACUCAGUUACAACAUUCCGCUUAAGCUAUGACCAGGAGAGUUUUACAAAAGAAAGCAUUACGCAGGCUUCGCUCUCUCCAAAUUAUUACCCAGAAGGUCUCUAUCAGACAGCAAUUAUUGGUACUAGUCAGCAGCCAGAUUUAGAAUAUACGAUGGAUGUGGAUCCUAACAGAAACUACUCAGUCUGGCUACAUUUUGCUGAAAUAGAUACUUUGGUUACAGGAGUAGGACAAAGAGUUUUUAACAUUCUGAUGAAUGGUGAUACCGUUUUUCAAGAUGUAGACAUAAUAAAGAUGAGUGGGGAUCGUUAUGCUGCUCUAGUGUUGAACACUACUGUAGCUGUUAGUGGGAGGACUUUGACAAUCAGAUUCCUACCAAAAGUAGGCAACAUUUCCAUAAUUAAUGCUAUUGAAGUCUUUGAAAUUGUCAUGGCUGAGUCAAAGACUUCAGUGGAUGAAGUUAGGGCUCUGCAGACGCUGAAGGACGGAUUGAUGCUUCCUCUUCGAUUUGGGUGGAAUGGUGAUCCAUGUGUUCCCCAGCAACAUCCAUGGAGUGGCAUUGAUUGUCGAUUUAACAGUACCCGCAAUAACUGGGUCAUUGAUGGACUUGGCCUGGGCAACCAAGGUUUGAGGGGGUCCUUGCUGCCAAAUAUAUCUGGAUUGCACCAUCUACUGAGCAUAAACUUGAGUGGAAACAGCAUUCAAGGGCCCAUUCCAUCCUCUUUGGGUACAAUAGCUAGCUUGGAGAUAUUGGACUUCUCUUACAAUUUCUUAAAUGGAUCAAUUCCUGAAAGUCUUGGACAGUUAACAUCCUUGAAGAAACUGAAUCUCAAUGGGAAUUCUUUAUCAGGAAAAGUCCCUGCAGCCCUAGGAGGGAGGCUUCUGCACGGAGCAAGCUUCAAUUUCACUGACAAUGCUGGUCUUUGCGGCAUACCCGGCCUUCCCACUUGUGGUCCCCACCUUUCAGCGGGUGCAAAGGUUGGCAUCGCCUUCGGUGCCUGUGUAACAUUGCUACUCCUUGUCAUGUGUUCGGUGUGUUGGUGGAAGAGGCGCCAGAACAUUCUCCGGGCUCAGCAGAUCGCUGCAAGAGAAGCUCCCUAUGCCAAAAAGAGGACGCAUUUUUCGCGGGACAUCCAACUGGCAAGACAUCAUAACCAUGGUCAUGCUCAUUCUGCUACCGAAAAUGGACCUAGCUUGCUGUCAUGACAGGUUCCACAAAUCCUAAUACAGUCGAAGUCAGUCGUCUUACUGCUUGGAUACACAAUGCCUGGGACACAAGCCAAGUGCGAUAGGUCCGUUGAUUUUGCCUGUGCUACUAGUGAUUUUACGCAGAAUUAACAGGCAAAAGAGCUGAUGUUUCGGAAAUUCUCGUUUUCACCCUGUUUCCCCCUUUAGAUUAUAGGGAAAAGAAGCCACGGAACUGUUGUAGACGCUCAAACCCAUCCUAGGUUGCAUUAUACCGAAAAAAAAGCCUGUAAAUCAUUCCUAUUGUCCGUAAAAUACUGGCAAAUGAAUGAUCAUAGGAUACAUUAUCUCCGCACCUUACUGUAAAUUGUUUACUCGAGUGCUGAACAUCGAAGGUAUAUCGAACACUGUACGUACAUACGACAGAAGCUGAAGUCCCCAGUAGCUGCCCUCGAGUCAUAGGGCUCGGGGCGGGGACGCAGCAGCUGAAAGUUCUAAAAAACAAGCGUUCCCUUUCUUUUCCAACACUUCGGCUCGACAUAAUUGCACUGAUUUCUAUGCUUCUCCUGCAA